AUGCAACAUCACAGGGUCCUCAACCAAAACUCCUCUCUCAGUACACUUAUUUAGAAAGCUCAAACAAAAAAGAGACCAAAACCAGUUUGAGAGAUUUAGAGGAGUGUUUGGGUCUUUGGGUAAUAAUAUCAUAAACAGAAAAUGGCUAAGUCAUAUGGAGCUCUCUUCCUCUUGGCUCUCGUUGUCUUCUCCAUUUUUCAAACCAUGGUUACGGCCUCAAGAGGAUCUCAAGGGAAACGUUAUGGACCAGGAAGCCUGAAACGCUCCCAAUGUCCCAGCGAAUGCAAUAGGAGGUGUAGUCAGACACAGUACCACAACGCGUGCAUUUUGUUCUGCAACAAAUGCUGCAGAAAGUGUUUGUGUGUGCCUCCGGGGUAUUAUGGGAACAAACAAGUUUGCUCUUGCUACAACAACUGGAAAACUCAACAAGGUGGACCAAAAUGCCCUUGAAAUCCCCCCUCCCUCAGCUUACCUACUAUCCUUCGUCUUUAUAAUAAACAAAUUUCGAUGAUAAUUAUAUUUUCAGUUUUAAUCUGAUCAAUGUUUUUCUCUACUUGUUUUAUCUAUUUUAUUCCUAAUUUUGUAAUGUUAUGUCACUCCUUUGGGAUUUUAUCUCAAAUCCUUUAAAAAAAAUUGAGAGUGGCCUGGCCUAUGAAUU